UAUCAAUUAAUCGUAAGACGAUCGAUAAGGCAAUCAACUAACGAUUAAUGAAUUAAUAAAUAAUUUGCAUCUCUACUACCUACCUACCUGUAACUGAAGUGAUCCUGUGCUAUUUCGCCACUCUGGGCUCAAACCCGCCACCUACCAGUCAACGCUCCAGUUUGGGCAUGGGGGGCACAGCACGAUACAGCUGAAAUGAAGGUCCAGACCGAUAGCUCAGCGCUACCGAUACUGCAUGAGACUUCAGGAGGGAGAUUUACUAACGUUCUAUGCUGAAACUCUGCUACUUGACCUCCGUUACACACCUACCACACACCUCUGUUUCAUUACAUUACAUUACAUUUAGCAGACGCCUUUUGACCAUAGCGACUUACAGGGAGGAAAUGUAAGCGGGAACAGGGUAAGCGGGCAGUGCCGAGUACAGCAGUAGUACACAAGUAAUUAGUAACAAAAUUUAGACUGUUUCCUCCAGUGUUGCGUGUUAGCUUAACACAGUGGUUUUCAAAGUUGGGGCCAGGGACCCCUGGGGGACGCGAAGGGGUGCUAAGGGGGGCAGUGGCAGGUUGGCAGAAAAAGUAUAGCAAAACAAAAUAAAUAGUUGAAUUAAUAAUAACACCAACAUCAAACAAUAUACACCAAAAUAAACAAAAAUAUGCUAAAUAAUAUUCCCGAUACUUAAGAACAGCUUUGUAAAUAAUCUAUUGCAUUUCUGAAUAUUAGUCAUAUUAUCUGUACUAUUUUAUCACAGUGGGGCACUCACUCACAGGCCUAUACUAUUGUUGUGAAAGGGGUACACGAAAAAUAGUGUGGCACGACCCAUGUAAGGGGGCCUUGGCUGGAAUCUACUGGUAUAUGGGGGAUCUUGUCAUGGUUAAGUUUGGGAGCCCCUGACUUCCCGCUGCCUGCCGUCACGUGGAUAUGACGUGCCCAUAUUUUGGAUGGAGAAGACCCCUGGGUCACCGCUCAUCUGUUUAGAGAAGGUACAGGAUUCAGUUGAAGGAGACUUCAGGUCUUUUUUUUGUGCAAAGCUUUACUUGACUUGCGAGCUUUCGGUCCCAAAAAAAGCCUGAAGUGUGCAGACGUCUUUUUCUUUGUACAGGGUGCAGAAGACAGAAAAGAGGAAAACAGUGCGGGGCCAUAAUAUAACAGAGCUAACGAUGUGUGACGGCCAUCUUUUCACCAGGCGGUGGAUUGGCUCAGCCUUGGCGCUGGCUAGGCGGAAAGGCGGAUAGGCGCGGCCUGGUGAGGCGCCGUUCUGCAGGGCGGGUUCACCAGCUGUUCCAGGUGGUGCUUGUGCGUGGGCGUGUGCGUGUGUGUGAGUGUGAGUGUGAGGUCACCGUUCGUUUAAGGAGGUAUUAAACACUUUUUUUCCCCGCUUUCUUUUUGAAGUCCCCCACCAUUGCCUCCAGCACUGAUGUCAUCCACAGGACAAUACCUCCCUCGUGUGUGUGUCUGUGUCUGUGUGUGUCACUGUGUUGUCUGUGUCUGUGUUGUGUGUCUGUCUGGCAGGGCAGACUGCGUCUGUAACUGGGACUAAAAGCGUUAUGUAUUGUUGCGUCGGUAUUAUAUAACAGGCCUACUGAAUCAUCAUCAUCAUGCCCCCAGCCCAGUCACUUACCGCCCGGCCUCGCUGGAAAGCCCUGUCGCUUCCACGAAGCCGAUAUUGUUCAACAUCUGACUCUGCUGUGGUAGGACAAAGCCCUAUUUAUGAUAGGACACAAAAAGUCUCCCGAAAUUAUGUCAGAGGCAUCCUAAAAAGUUCCAAAAAUGUAAAUGAUUAAAGCAAAACACUUGCUUAAUACGAUUUAUGUGGGCAGUCGUGGCCUAGUGGUUAGAGAGUUGGUCUUUCAGUCAAGCGGUUACAGGUUUGAAUCCCCGCUGACCUCUACCUACAUCUCCAUCCAUGACUGAAGUACCCUUGAGCAAGGCACCUAACCCCACAUUGCUCCAGGAACUGUACCCAAUACCCUGAAAAAUAAUAACUGUAAGUCGCUUUGAAUAAAUGAAAGCGUCAGCUAAGUGCAAUGUAAUACAGCAGCAAUAAGCCUGCUUGAGGUGAUUUUAGCCACACACACGCCUUCUGCUCUGGUAUGCGUCUGCGUGUGGUCCGUCUCUGUUGCCUGAAAGUGGGUUGAAUCCACAAUGGCCCAAUUGGUUACCCCAAAUACAAGCACGCAGCCAAGCUCAGGGAGGGCCUGGCUAAUGGAUGAAUAGGUACACUGCUUUAUAUUUCUUUAUUUUAUUUUUUUCAGUAUAUAUUUUAGGGCUUUUUGGACAGUGGAGGAGAGACAGGGGAUGAGUGGAGGGAGAGAGAGACAGGGAAGGAUUGGCAAAUGACGCAGGCCGGGCCAUCAUAGUAACCCAGUGCCCUACCGUUUGGCCUAGGCAGGGCCCACUACUUUUUAUUUUUUUUAAAGUUUGGUGGUGGCUCUGUCACAUUGUAAGACGUGCCAGUAAAUGCGUCUCAAAUAAGGAAAGUGAAGUAACUUAUUGGUGCAGAGACAAGAGUAGGCUACGAAGGUACGUGGAGGACGUGUUGAGUACAGCAGUGGUUGUCAAACUGGGGGUCAAGAAAGACCCCCUGGGGAGUCGCAGAGAGGUUUCGCUGACAAAAGGGGACAUUGCAUAAAAACAGGAAAUCCACAGGUUAAGCUAACAUACAGUAAUUCUAUAAUUUGGUUUGUAACAGCAUUCGCUUGUCUGGUUAAUAAAUGCAUUUGCUGUCCUAUGGAUUUCUAACAAUAUUAGCAGAACUAAUAGACUGUUAAUGGAAAAUGGGGGGGGGUCGCAUACAUAUUCUGAAGUUCAAAAGAUGGUCCCCGCUGAAAAAGUUUGAGAACCCCCGUAGUAAAGUAAAACACUGGCCUCAAUCACAGGUGGUGGUUGUCAUUCAAGUAACCUUCCCAAUUUGUACAGCCCCUUUCUCUUCUACCACAGGUUUCCAAGAUUCCAGAGGAGGAGGCUACCCAGAGUGCCGCUGGAACAGACAGACACUCUGAGGGAGGAGGAGGAGGAAGAGGAGGAGGGAAGGUGCGGGCGUAGUGGACCUGGGCUGAACCGAACCGAACCGAACCGGACGGUGCUGAACCGAGGUGAGCUGUGCUGUGCUGGCGCUGGGUGCCGUGCCGAGCUGAGCCGAGCAGUACUGUACUGACCUGGUUGGACUGGGGUGGUGGUGAGAAGCAGGAGCAGGAGCGGUGAGGAGGAGCAGGAGCUGGGCAGGAGAGGAGCAGGAGAGGGGGAGGCAGAGGAGCCGCAUCAGGAGCAGGAGCAGGAGCCCCAGCCACACAGGAGGCCUUCCCCCUGGGGAAGCCCCUCCCCUCCGCGGACGUGCAGUCAUCGCUGUCUGUUAUGAAGUCCCAUGAAGUCCCCUGUCGCAGCUGACGUUCCCAGUCAGCAGGACAUUCCGGUGCCGACUGUGGACGACAGAGGAGGAGGGAGAGAAAGAGGAGGAGGAGGAGGAGGAGUGAGGAGGAGGGUCCUGCCUAGAAACAGGACUUUGCCGCGACCACCACCACCACCCCCGCCACCCCCUCUGCCAUCCCACCUGGAGACGCUGCUCCAAAUCCACACCACCAGCAUCAGCAUCACCCCCACCCACCCUGCUCUCCACUCCUGCCCUGCCAGGCUGCCUCCUGCUCCAGCCCCAGCAUCAGCACCAGCACUAUGUCAAGUCGAAGGAAGUCUUCCACACCCUGCAUGAUACGCGUGAGCGACACACUCGUGGAGGAGGAGGAGGAUGGCAGUGGAGGAGGAGGAGGAGGAGGAGGAGGAGGAGGUGGGGAGGGCAGCACAGAUAUGGAGGCCUCCUCCUGCCCCCCCUCCUCCUGCCCCCCCUCCACCUCCUCCUCCUCCUCCUCCCGGCCCCCCUCCACCUCCACCUCCCUGGCGGACGACUCGCAGGAGGGGGCGUCUUCCCAAGUGCUUCCGGGGGAAAGCUGCAGGCCGUCAAGUGCCCCUCUCACGGAGGAAGAACAGAUCAGCCCUGUGCCUGAGAAGGAGGAGGAGGUGGUGGAGGGGAAGGGGGAGGGGGAGGAGGAGGUGGAGGUGGAGGGUGAAGGAGAUGGAGAUGGAGAUGGAGAUGAGGAGCUGGAAGGAGAUCAGUGCACGCAGGAACCACAGCAGAACCACCAGCUAGCAGAAGGAGGAGGAGCAGGAGCAGGAGGAGCAGGGGGCUCAGCGUUCAAGUGCAAAUACUGUCCGUUCUCCACCACCAGCAUCGCUGACUUCAAGGAGCACGUGGACGGCGCCCACCCCAACGUCAUCCUCAACCCCCUUUACCUGUGCGCCGCCUGCAACUUCAGCACCAAGAAAUUCGACUCGCUCACGGAGCACAACGAGACGUACCACCCGGGGCAGAGCAACUUCAAGUUCAAGAGGGUCCAGCGGGACGGCCGGACCGUGCUGGAGCAGGCAAUCGAAGGCGUGCACAAUCCGUUUGACCUUGACAAUGAGGACACAGAGGAGGCAGACGCAGCAGCAGCAGCAGUGGCUGGUGGUGGUGAUGACGGUGGAAGCGUUCCAGAUUUCACUCUCUCCACGUCAGCCACGUCACCGAAUGCCGGCAAGCCAAAAGUCUUCGCCACCGCUGGCGAGGAGAAGGAGAAUGAGAAGGAGGCCGAGACCCCCACGAAGCACUUUUUCGGGCAGCAGGGCAGCAACGAGCUGCAGCGGCACUUGGAGAAGCUGAUCUCCCGCGACCAGAUCACGGCGGUGAACGUGAACGGCACGGUGCUGAUUCCGGACCCCAGCAUCACGCACGGCCUCUCCGUCUCCUCGCACGUCACCCCGCUGCUCCAGCGGCCGCCCAACCUGAGCUGCGUGCCGAAAAUCGCCGUGCCGCUCAACACCACCAAGUACAACCCCUCGCUGGACAGCAACGCCCUGCUCAUGACCUCCUUCAGCCGCUUCCCGUACCCGACGCACGCCGAGCUGUCCUGGCUGACGGCGGCCUCCAAGCACCCCGAGGAGCAGAUCAAGGUGUGGUUCACCACGCAGCGGCUCAAGCAGGGCAUCACCUGGUCGCCGGAGGAGGUGGAGGAGGCGCGCAAGAAGAUGUUCAACGGCUCCGUGCUACCCGGACACGGCCACGGCCACGGGCACCAUCACACGCACUUCACUACGCAGCCGGCCCGGAGCCAGGGUGGGCAGUCGCUGGUCGGUGGCGGUGGCGUUGGUGGGUUGGGUCAGGCGAGCCAGAUGCUGAGUGCCGCCGCCGCGGCGUCCGCUGCCUCUCGCACCUCUCUCUCGUCGUCCGCGUCUGUCACCGUGACGACCGUGAGCCACGUGGCGUCGUCGUCUCUCAAGAGGCCGAUGUCCGGCCCUCCGUUCCACAUGGAGGCUAAACGUGUAUCCUCCUCCUCCUCUUCCUCCUCCUCCUCUGCGAACGACCCCAAAGAGAAGCUCCCCAUGGCUCCCCCACCUCCCCCUCCCCCUCACCCUCCCUCCUCGACGUCGAAAGAGCGGCUGUUGCCUAUGGCGCCGCCCCCAGUGCCUCCCGAGCUCAGAAGAGCGAUGCCUUCCUCUUCCUCUUCUUCUUCUUCUUCUUCUUCUUCGCACUUCUACGCCCAUGACGCGAGCCUGAAGCAGUGGCCCCUGGGGCACCACCAUCACCCCCAUCACCACCACCACCUCCACCACCACGCCCCCAUCGUGUCCCUCAAAGGGAAACCCCCGGUAGCGCUUCCUCUCAUGGGCUCUAAGGACCGCGUGGCCCUGCCCCUGCCCCUCUCCAUGUCCAUGUCCAUGCCCCCUCCGCCCCCUCUGAUGCUGCCCCCCAAAGACAGACUGGCCAUGUCGCCCACGUUUGCCGCCGAGAUGAAGCGCUCCGCCGCCGCCGCCACCACAGUGCCCCACAUGAAAAAACAUGCACCUUCUUCUCCUUCCUCCUCUUCCUCUUCCUCCCUGCCCGCCGCGAUGCCCAAAGACAAGUUCUCCUUGCCUCUGUCUCCCGUCUACUUGCCUUCUGACGUCAAGCUGCCCAUGGCGCCUCCGCUGGCCGUCCCGCAGCUGAAACGGCCAACCAUCAUCCAGACGGCGCGAGGCCCCGGCAAGACGUCGCUAGCGCUCCCUCCCACAUUCCAGCAGCAGCAGCUCGCCGACUCAAAAACAGCAGCAGGCGAGAGCCGGCACCAUCAUCCAGACGCCAAGCAGUCCAACGGUGUGUCCCUCUCCGCCCCCGUUUCCGUCUCCGUCUCCCAGAGCCAGGAGGCCAAGAGCUGGCUCAACGGCUCCCUCUCGCUGCACCUGAAGAGCGACGCCUUCGUCCCGGCGAAGGACAGGCCCGUGAAGACCGCCACAGCGGCGGCGGUAGUGGCGACGGCGGUGCCGACCCAGUUCCCUCUGCUGGAGCGGGUCAAGGGCAAGACGGCGGCGCAGCUGCAGCUGCUGGAGGAGAGCUUCCAGCGGAACAGCCACCCGGCGCACGCCGAGCUGGACGGGCUGGCCGCCGCCACACGCAUGUCCCGCGACGAGAUCGGCAGCUGGUUCCUGGAGCGGCGCGCGCUGAGGGACAACCUGGAGCAGGCCCUGCUCAACUCCAUGGGGGCCCGCAGCAGGUUUGGGGACUCCCUGGAGAGGAGGCAGCCACAGCAACAGCAGCAGCAACAGCAACACACACAACAGAAACAGACCGCAGUCCUUAACGGAGCUCACAAGCUGAGUGGAGGUAGUGGAGGAGGAGGAGGAGGACUAGCUUUGAGCCCACUCCAUCCCAUCGUGGCGCCGCCCAGCUCCCCCCUGUCGCACCUGCACCUGAACGGCAAGGCCCUGGCGCUGCUGCGCGGCGUCUUCUCCCAGACCCAGUGGCCGUCGCCCGAGGACUACAGCCUGCUGGAGAGCCAGACCGGCCUGCCGCGCACCGACAUCGUGCGCUGGUUCAAGGACAGCCGCGCGGAGCUGCGUAGCAACGGCACCGGGACCAUCGACAACUGGCCCAGCGAGGUGACCCACUACUACAGCAAAUCAAGCAACGGCAACAGCAACAUUAACAACAACAACGGUGGCUACAACGGCCAAGGCCUGUUACUAGCGGCAACCAACAACAACGGUGGCCACAAUGGCCAAGGCCUGUUACUAGCGGCGAACAACAACGGCGGCCACAACGGUCAAGGGCUGUUACUUGCGGCGACCAUGAACCACGGGGGCGGGGGCAACAACAAGCUCAUCCAGCGCCACUGUCAAGAGGACAAGACAUCGCAGAUGACGAUGACAUCAAUGACGUCGACAGGCGGUGCUGCUCCAGCUGGCAUCUUGGACGUGGAGUCAGCGGGGGCGGCGGCCACCGGUGGGCUGCGGGGGGUGGAUUGUGCCAAACUCACCAGCCAAGAGAUCCAGGAGUGGUUUGCCAACGCACUGGGCCACGGGCUGCCCGAGCUGAGCAGGAACGGCAGCGGCGGCGGUGGCGGGCAUCAUAACGGGAACGGGGGCCGAGGGGGGGGCAGAGGAGACUGUGGGAGCUGGAUGCAGGACUCCAUGAGGAGGGCCGCGGCCGCCAUCGGAGGGGGAGGGGCAGGGGGUGGGGCUCCGGAGCUGGUCUCAGACACUGAUUGAGGUGUGGCGAAGGACUCCACGGAAGACAAGAGAAUAUAAAAGAGGUGACGACUGUUGCCGCUGUCAUUUGCACAGAAGAGAAGAGGAGAGGAGAGGAGAGAAGAGAAGAGGAAGAGAGAGACGAAAGGAAAGAAAGAGAGGUUUAAUAUUAAAAUAUUGUAUUUUUUGGAACCAAUGAUUUCACUCUUGCACUCUUCACCAUCUUAGCCUGUGCGUAAUGUUCCAGGACGCUGUAGGAACGUUGCAAGUAUUGUUGGCCGUCUUCAAAAGACAAGAAACAACAAAAAAAAGAGAAGAAGAAACAUAAAGUAAAAAAACACUGAUUUUGGGACGAAAGCGGAGCUACAGAAAUUGCACUAUGAGUGCGUCUGAAGCACUGACCAGGUAGUGAUGCGUUGCGUGCCAAAGGCGGUCCUGCUGCAUAAUUACUUUUAAAAAAAGGGUUCUUGUACAUAUAUUUUUCUGUAUUGCUACAGAUUUGUAAAGUUUUGGGGGAAUUUUGUUACAUUUUAUAAUGGGAGGAACUAGCCCGCGCCCCCCUCCCCCUUCUGCCCCCCCCUCCGUCGGCUUCCUUCACUCCCCAACACCCCCUGCCCUGCCCUACCCUGCCCUGCGCUACCUGC